AUGGGUGACGCGCUUACUAUUAACAAAAAGAAGCACAAGAUACAUUUGAGUAUUAUAAAAUAUACACAACAGAAAUUAGGUGUGCCUGCGACCUCAUCACCACCUUCAACAAUUACCUUUGCUACAAAUCAAGAUAAUGAAUUUUUUUACAGAGGCUGCUACACAUCAUUAAUCAUUUUUUUUAAUUUGGUGCAGGCAAAAACAUAUGAUGAACAUAUUGACUUAUCCUUGAAAAUACAAGAUAAAAGCGAGAGAACUAAACAAAAACCAAGAAGCAGCAAUCCCUCAGACAACAAAGUUUUGGACAUAGAAAAAUGUGUCUAUAACCUGUCUAUAACCUGUCCAAAAUUGUUCAAAAUUGUUCAAUUUUCCAACACUGAUCUAUCUGGUCUAUCCUUUAUGACAAAUAAUUUCACCACUAAGCCAAGUGCUGAAGAGCUCGAGGAUGAAAAUGAAGAAGAAAUAAAAUUUGAUCUUCUUGAUAUUUUAACGCGAGCCAACAGUUAA